ACCGACUUUUCGUUCUUAAGGAAAGGGAAAGAGAGCACCCAGAUGUUGACGUGGUAGCAUUUCUGUCCCCGCCGUCGCGACUAAAAAAAAUCGGAAACGAAAACCAUCUACCACCAAUUUCAUUAACCGCCUGAAACCUAAUUUCUGGUACCGUCUCCGCCACCUCACAAUUUGCAGACUGUGCCCUCACACUCUCUCCACUUACUUCCUCCGUCAACUUGUUAUCUCUUAACACAGUCAGGCCGCCGCGCCGCCGCCGCAUUGCUCUUUUUCUUCUUUCUCCUCCAGUUUUCACCCUCCAAUUUCUUAACAAUCCAGUGUCCAGAUUCUGCUCCGUGAACUCUCUCCGGUCGCCUUCGACGACGGAGAUGAUUCGAGCGGCCGCAGAUGGCCAUCAGCUUCACCGAUUGCUCCAUUCCUUCUUCCCUUCAAAAUCUUAACGCCGCCAAAACCCCCCUGAGACUGCCGCUCGCCCGACCCCGCGGCCGCCGAUGGGGCCACGGCCCUCUCGCCACCGCCGUGCUUGUGGUCGCCGCACUCAUCGUUGCUACCUCCGCCUGGCUCUCUCUCCUCUCCUCCGGCACCACCGCCCCCUGCUGGCACCGCCGCGCAUCCCUAGCUUUCCAAACCACCAUAGCCGCCGAUUCCGCCGCCGCGGCCCCCACGCCGCUUCCCUCUUCGCUCCCGGGGUUGCCCAGCCGCAAUGCCCUCCUCUCCGACGAGAACCGCGGCGGGAGUGAAGAUCAAUUGACGCUGGAACACUUGGUGUUCGGCAUAGCCGGAUCUUCGCAGCUGUGGGAGCGGCGCAAGGAGUUUCUGCGGCUGUGGUGGCGUCCCAACGAGAUGCGGGGCCACGUGUGGCUCGAUGAGCAGGUCGCCGCCGAGACGGACGAUUCCCUGCCGCCGUUCAUGAUUUCCGAGGACGCCUCCCGCUUCCGCUACACCAAUCCCACCGGCCACCCUUCGGGGCUACGAAUCUCUCGAAUCGUCUCCGAGAGCUUCCGCCUCGGACUCCCCAAUGUGCGGUGGUUCGUUCUCUGCGACGAUGACACCAUUUUCAACCCCCAUAACCUUGUAGCAGUACUCAGCAAGUACGAUUCCUCGGAGAUGGUUUACAUUGGUGGCCCUUCCGAGAGCCAUUCCGCCAACAGCUACUUCAGUCAUUCCAUGGCCUACGGCGGCGGUGGAAUCGCCAUUAGCCGUCCCCUGGCUGAGGCCCUUUCCAAUAUUCUAGACGAUUGUAUUGACAGAUACCAGGGCUUCUACGGCAGCGAUGAUCGACUCCAUGCCUGCAUUACCGAGCUUGGGGUUCCUUUAUCCAGAGAGCAUGGCUUCCACCAGUGGGACAUAAGAGGAAAUGCGCGUGGCCUUUUAUCUGCACACCCAAUUGCGCCCUUUGUCUCGAUCCACCAUGUUGAAGCUGUCGAACCAUUUUACCCUGGGUUAACCACUUUAGAGAGUCUCAGGCUUUUCACCAAAGCCAUGAGCAUUGAUCCCAUGAGCUUCUUGCAGAGAUCGAUAUGCUAUGACCAUACUCGACACCUUUCUUUUGCUGUCUCACUAGGGUACGCUGUUCAAGUUUUCCCAACCAUUGUCCUGCCUCGAGUGCUCGAGCGAUCUGAAAAGACCUACUCGGCAUGGAAUGGUAUCAGCAAACGAGAUGAGUUCGAUGUGGAUACCCGAGAUCCCUACAGGUCUUUGUGUAAGAAGCCUAUUUUCUUUUUCUUGAAAGAUGCUGCGAAACAGGACAACAAUGGUACUACCUUGGGAUCGUAUGGACGAGGCUGGGUGAAUGAAGGUCUGAAAAGAAGGGUCUUUUGCUUUUUCCACUCCCGUCCUCUGCCAAAUGUGGCUGAUAUUGAGGUGGUAGGACAUCCGUUGAGGAAGAAUUGGCACCUGGUUCCACGACGCCUCUGCUGUAGAGUUAAUCAUACAACUAGUCAACACCUGACUAUUACAGUUGCAGAGUGCGACAAGGGAUCAUCUGGUGCUUUUACUGAUUCAACAUGAAUUCGUUGGUGAACUUACAUGGAUAUCAUAUCGACAGAUAUGACUUGUUGAGGAAGGGAGUGCUAGUUCCAUGGUGAUUCUUAUUGGUGUCUAUAGGUACCAUGGGCCUAGCUUCCUACUUGCAAGAUCUUAACUGUUCCUUGGCACACACAGACGGUUUGUGACUUGUGAGCUCAUUGAAGGUCUGACGCUCAUCCUGCAUCAUCGAUAUAGAGCUAGCACGCAUCUGCCAAGUGGAAACUGUGUGGAAGAAGCCCUGCCGAGUAGCUCAGCCCUUCUUCGAGCAGGAAAAUGGAAGAAGGGUCAAACGGAUGCAGUGAUGCUGCUUUUCUGGAACUAAAUGUCGUUGAAUACCAAACUUAGUUUGCUUCUUCCAUGUUCUUCCAUAUAAUCUGAAUUGGCGGGCGAGAACAGUUCUCAUCUACCGAGGUUGAAACUCACAUUUCACUUCAUUGUGAACAAGAAUGAAAAUCUCCAUUCAUUUCUCGCAG